AUGGUGAAAGAUGUGAUGCAAUCCCAUUUCGGGUGCUACAAAAUGAUUGAAUGUGGAGUUCCACUUCGAAGGCACACGAGACAGCCUAGGGAGAGGUCUGCAGGACAGCUGAGGAUUAUCAAAGGAAGAGAGUCUAAAAGGGGAGCUUGGCCGUGGCAGGUGUCAUUACAGCUACUCCAUCCAAACUACGGUCUCAUCGGUCAUUGGUGUGGUGGAGUUCUAAUACAUCCACUGUGGCUCCUAACCACGGCGCAUUGCAUUCACAAUGAGCUAUUCAAUCUACCCGUCCCUGCUUUGUGGACAGCAGUCUUAGGUGAAUGGGACCGAGCUGAACAGCGAGGAGCAUAUUUACCAGUCGAAAGAAUAGUCCUUCAUCAUAGAUUUCAUAAUUAUCAACAUGACAUAGCUCUGAUGAAGUUAACGAAAGCGGCAGAUGUCAGCGCUGGCAGCCGCAUCAGAACGAUCUGCUUACCGCCCUUUGAACCUACAGUUACUAAUUACAACACAGAACGGAGCACGCACUACACCAAACCGGACACAAAACGCAAACCAAAACCCAAACCCAGCCCGGACACUGCGACCAAAUACUUGGAGAAACUCAACAAUUUGACCAAAAGUGUUUACGGAUCAUUUAAAAAACAUAAAAACACGAAAUACAACAUUAGGGUAUCAAACGAGCAAACAGAAAGAAAAGUAGAGGAUUCAAGCAGAAGUGACAAUAGAGAUAUAGUAUACGAUAGUGCUAAUUUGGAUAGUGUUAUUAAGUUAAUAAAAGCUAGAAUCGACGAUAGACCCACCAACCACCGCAACGGAAAAACGUUUGAAGAUAUAGAAGAACUGAAGGAAGUUCUAGAUCGAGUGAGACGAGUGAAUUCUCAAGACAAAAGUGAUAUAAAUAGAAGUGAUAAGAAGUUGAUGUUCGGUGAAGAAAUAGAUCCAUUUAUUGAUGAUAAUAACGGGUUAGAUUUUAAAGAUGAGUGUUAUACGACUGGUUGGGGAAGAGAACAGACUAAUGGUAGUUUAACGGAUGUGCUCUUGGAAGCAGAAGUACCAAUACUGCCGCUGCAACUGUGUAGAGAUAAAUAUUCGUUAAGUUUGCCCCUGAACGAUGGACAUUUAUGCGCUGGGAGCACUGACGGAAGUACGGGCGCUUGUGUGGGUGACAGCGGGGGCCCGCUACAGUGUCGAAGUGGAGGCAGCGGAGGGCGUUGGGAACUACGGGGCCUCACAUCUUUCGGCUCGGGCUGCGCGCGGCGCGGCGUUCCCGACGUUUAUACGAACGUCGAACACUAUGUGUCUUGGAUUUAUGCUCAUAUAUACGCGAGCUAG